AUGUCGGACUUUGGUAAUCCCUUGAAAAAGUUCAAGCUUGUCUUCCUCGGCGAGCAGAGUGUUGGCAAAACCUCCCUCAUCACCCGCUUCAUGUACGACUCCUUUGACAACACUUACCAAGCAACUAUUGGAAUCGACUUUUUAAGUAAAACGAUGUAUUUGGAGGAUAGAACUGUCCGUCUCCAACUUUGGGAUACCGCUGGACAGGAGCGUUUCCGAUCCUUGAUUCCAUCCUACAUUCGUGAUUCGACUGUUGCUGUUGUGGUUUAUGAUAUUACCAAUUCAAAUUCAUUUCACCAAACAUCCAAAUGGAUCGACGAUGUCAGAACCGAGCGUGGAAGCGAUGUGAUCAUCAUGCUAGUUGGAAACAAGACGGAUCUUUCCGAUAAGAGACAAGUCACCACUGACGAGGGAGAGCGAAAGGCCAAGGAACUCAAUGUCAUGUUCAUCGAGACGUCUGCCAAGGCUGGAUACAAUGUGAAGCAGCUUUUCCGUCGUAUCGCUGGAGCACUGCCAGGAAUCAUCAAGGAUGAUCCAGUGGAGCAGCCAAAUGUGGUUACAAUGGAUCCAAUCCGCCAGCGUCAAAUUGUCACCGAUGAAGGAUCUUGCUGGUGCUAA